CUAUAUUGUAUCGCCAGUGAAUCGCAGGAUAGUCAUUUUCCUGGGCCAUUACUCAGCCUCUGUCCUUUCCGACAUUACUUGAAGGCAGCAUUCGUCUCAGCGCACCACAGACGGCUCUAUGGCGCGCAUGCGUCUUAAGCGCGGAACUCAAUGCAUGCACCAGCAAGGAUCCGGUAGUUAAAAGAACAACUAAGAUGCGAUAAAGUGUGCGGAGAUACGCUGGAAGCUACCGGAAUCGGUGUGAGCUGAUGAUGUGACAGUUGCAGACACCGGACGUCGUUUCUGUCGGGACAUGUAACCAGGUUGUUACUGCUGUUUAAGCGGCUGAGACCCAAGAGGCUACAAAAACUCCUGGAACUGUCCAAGUUCAUGCUGGUAAGAAGAGCAAUUCAACAUGCCCAGAAAACAACUCAAUAGCAAAGAGAGAAGGAAGCUCUACACCUCACUGGGAGGAGAGCUGGUGAUCAUGGCCGGAACCGUCAUGCUGGCCUACUACUUUGAGUACACGGACACCUUCAGCGUGCACGUGCAGGGCUUUUUCUGCUACGACACCACCUACACCAAACCCUACCUGGGACCAGAGGACAGCAGCGCUGUCCCGCCUGUCCUGCUGUACGCCGUGGUGUCGGGGUUGCCUACGCUUCUGAUCACAAUAACAGAGACUGUGCUGUUCCUGGUCCAGUACACGUCCAAAGAGUUCGACCGUUCAGAGAAGACAGUGGCCACUGGGGACUGCUGUUACCUCAACCCGUUAGUGCGCAGGACCUUCCGCUUCCUUGGAGUCUACACCUUUGGCCUCUUCACCGUUGACAUAUUUGUCAAUGCAGGCCAGGUAGUGACAGGGAACCUGGCACCUUACUUCCUGACAGUCUGUAAACCAAACUACACAGCACUGGGCUGCCAGCAGGCCUUGCGCUACAUCAGUCACCAGGAGGCCUGCACAGGAAACCAGGACGACAUCCUGCGGGCCCGCAAAACUUUCCCGUCCAAGGAGGCCGCACUCAGUGUCUAUGCUGCACUCUAUCUAGCUAUGUAUGUGACGUGCACGGUGCAGGCCAAGAGCACUCGUCUAGCCAAGCCGGUGCUCUCUCUCGGGCUCAUGUGCCUGGCGUUUCUCACUGGUCUGAACCGUGUGGCCGAAUAUCGCAACCACUGGUCGGACGUCAUCGCCGGCUUUAUCAUCGGCACUGCCAUCGCCACCUUCCUGGUAGUGUGUGUGGUUCAUAACUUCAAAGGCAAGUUACUACUGAGCGAGGAGUCACCAGCGGAGCAGCGGCCCAACACAGCCAUGCUGAACAUGGGCCGAAUGGAGAGUCCUCUGGAGAAGUAUAUAGCUUCACAGAAUCACAUCGCCUUCGCUGAGGUCACAUGACGUGGAGUCGGCCGUGUGGCAAACCCAUUGGACAUCCACACUCUUCACCGUCCAAUCCAAUUAACUGGAGCGCAGUGCUAAAUCCCUUUUGUGUGUGUGUGUGUCUGGUGUGCGGUAUGUUGUUCUAUGUUGUCUUUACCAGGCCCAUGUUGUCAUUUGCAGCUUCUCCUAUUCAAGAGAAAACAAAAAAAGAAAGUGUUGUCAGUAACUCAACAGGACAGGCUGCUUCUGCUUUCUCCACCUAUGCACUUAUUCUGAAUUCCUGUUAGAUUCUCACCUCCCAAAUGAAGCUUGCUGUUUGGCAAACCCCUGGGUGGACUUGUUCCACACUGUGGGUUAUAAGAAGAACAAGUGAAGACCUGGACUGCGCCAUAUCAACUCUGCCUAGGUCAGAUGUUUUCACGUGGUUUGGUUGUGUUUUGUGUGAAGCAACAUUGUUCCAAUAAGAUGGCUGUGGGGAAAAGUGACCUGUCAGUAAGUUAAAUGACAGCAUCCAAACAGACAGAAAGAUGAAAAACCUCUCCUGUUAUGUGGUUAAAGUUCAUUUCCACCUUUCAGAUUUAUCACAUCAUAUUUAUAACACCGAGAGGACCGCUGUGAAUAUCAGAAUGUGUUGCUGGGCCCAUAUUUAUCUAACUAAUUAAGGUGGAAUUUUGGAUUUAAAUGAAAGGUAGAACUUAAAAAAAAUCUAUUACACACUGAACAUCCAUCCAUCCAUUUUCUAUACCGCUUAUCCGUCAGGU